CUCUGUUUUAUUUUAUCUAAUCACUGCCGGAGCAAAAUUUUGGUUCUGAGUUUUACUUUUUUCUCCCAAGUUAUGAUAGGUUAUGAAGUUCAACCCAAGUGGUUUUGAAAAUCCUAUAAAUAAUGAAUCCUGACAACUUUUCUACGCUGACGGAAUAAUGUAAUGUAUUUUAAUUAAUUGGUAUUUUCAUUUUUUGGAGGCAACCUGCUGUGAAUGACAAAUGGUAAUAGAUAUUAUAAAUAGAAUUCCCGAGGUAUUCCGUCAGAGAAAAUUCGUACAAAAUGGUUUCCACAGUGUUCAGACAAUUGAUCAGAAUUUCAUUGAAGUCAACUAUCCGAAAUAAUAUCAAUGUAGAAAACUUCCGUUGCUUUUCCGUUUCAAACUGUUUUCACCAUAAUAAGUAUGUUGAAGACCGCAAACAGCAGCUUACCUCAAUGGAAAUCUAUUUCAACCGAGAGAAACAAAAAAAUAAGCAAACUUUUGGCCAGCUGGUGGAAUUUUACAAAGACAAAAAUUUUCGAACGGGGCAUGUAGAAUUCGUGUAUUGUGCGAUGAAAAAAAUGUACGAGUUUGGAGUAAAUACUGAUCUCGAAAGUUAUAAGAAAAUUAUUGAUGUAAUGCCAAAGGAAAAAAUGGUAGCCGAAAAUCUCUUUCAAGCAGACACAAUGUUUUAUCCUAAACAUCAGAUGGCCAUAGUUGAUUUAAUGGUCCAAAUGGAAGAAAAUGAGGUUAUGCCCGAUAGAGAUAUGCAAGAUUUAAUUUUGAGUAUAUUCGGUCGUCGUUCUCAGCCCAUUAAAAAAUAUUGGAGAAUGAUGUAUUGGAUGCCUAAAUUCAAAAAUGCCUCACCAUGGCUUUUACCCAGACCAGUACCGAAAGAUCCUCUUCAAUUAUCCAAACUUGCGAUGUCGAGAAUGUGUUCCAUAGAUCUAGAAAGUGAAGUUGAAGUAUUUAAGACUAGUGAACUAGAAGACGACACUGAAGACACUUGGAUUGUCAAUGGACAAAGUCCUACUCAAAGAACGUUGCUGUUGAAUCAUCCUCAAAAUCAACCUAUUUACUUGGAAGGUGGUUUUAAAAUUUAUUUGAGAAAAUCUGCGAUAACUUAUUUUGUAUUGAGAGCCGACGUCCCACCCAACAGAAGAAAGAAAACUAAGAGAGAUACCGAUGUGGUGAAAAAUUUGAGAAUACCAUUUUUCGAUCAUCCGGAUAAAGACGACAUAAUCCCAAAAAUUUCCGUUCACGAACAGAAUGAUGGAAUUAUUUAUGCAAUCGCAGCAACUGGUACUUCUAGUAAAAAUUCUUUAUUAUCUUGGUUACGCUUGUUAGAAAAACACGGUAAUCCUACUUUAGGGAAAAUACCGAUUGUAUUUAAAAUGUCCUCUCCUUUGGGAAAUUCUAACCCUAUUGAAGGUAUUGAUAGUGGAGAUGUUGUUCAACAAAUAGGAACUAAUUAGCUGUUAAUGCUGUUACUUAGGUUUACAAUGAACUGUUUUUAAAAAUAAAUGUUUGAAAUGUUU